CCGGGCCCAGCCCCGCCCCGCAGCACAAGGGCAGAGAAGGGGCCGGGAAGAUGGUGCCGCUCAGAGACUGCAAGGCUUGGCAGGAUACUGGACUUGUCCUAUCCACCACUAGUAAUGAGGCCUGCAAAAUGUUUGAUGCUACACUGACUCAGUAUGUCACAUGGACCAAUGAUAAGAGUCUAGGAGGCAUUGAAGGAUCUCUCUCCAAGUUACUAGCAGCAGAUCCAACUUUUACGAUGGGACACGUGAUUGCUAAUGGCUUGGUUUUGGUUGGCACUGGAACUUCAGUGAGGUUAGACAAAAAGCUGGACAGUGCGAUGAAAAAGAUGGUGGCACUUUCAGAAUCGCAGCCCCUGACUGAGAGGGAGAAGCUACAUGUUUCUGCACUCAACAUGUUUGCCAGUGGGCGUUUUCCCAAAGCUUGCGAUGUGUGGGAUCAAAUUCUACGGGACCAUCCAACUGACAUACUAGCGCUCAAAUUUGCCCAGGCCACUUACAUUUACAUGGGACGUCAAACACAGAUGCGAGACUCUGUUGCCCGUGUUUAUCCUUACUGGACACCUGAUAUUCCUCUUAGUAGCUAUGUGAAAGGCAUAUACUCCUUUGGACUGAUGGAAACUAAUUAUUUUGAUCGUGCUGAAAAGCUUGCCAAUGAGGCCUUAGCUAUAAACCAGUCAGAUGCAUGGUCUGUCCAUACCAUAGCACACAUAAAUGAAAUGAAAGCAGACUUGAAGAAUGGAUUGACAUUUAUGAAGCAAACUGAAAACAACUGGAAGGACUGUGACAUGCUUGCUUGCCAUAAUUACUGGCACUGGGCUUUGUAUUUCAUUGAAAAGGGUGACUAUGAGGCUGCUUUGACAAUUUAUGACAAUCAUAUUGCUCCUGCAUGCCUGUCAAGCAGAAGUAUGUUGGCUGUGCUAGAUAACUGCUCCAUGCUGUACCGGCUUCAGUUGGAAGGUGUAAAGGUGGGAGACAGAUGGAACAAAGUUAUCCCUCUUGCAAAGAAGCACACCAAAGAUCAUGUCUGGCUUUUCAAUGAUGUCCACAUUCUCAUGUCUUUGCUUGGGGUCAAAGACCACAAAACCACCAAUGAGCUCUUAACAACUCUUCAGGAACUUGCCAAGAUGUCCUAACCGGAAUUCUGGUUUCAGCAGGGUAGUGUUUCUAAAGUUAAGGUUAGCAAAUUACUUUUGAUUUUAAGUGUAUCUAAACUGGGCAUUUAAUGUCUCGAUUGGGUAUUUAAUCUUGUCAGAUAGCAGCAUCAUUGUCUGAGUGUUGUACGUACCGUGAUUUUGAGUGCUUGUGGCACCUUAACCUAUAGACGCUUUUUUCCCUUACAGUGGGUGUACUUUAGAGAUGUGACUCUUCGUAUCAGAACAGUGGAAUUUUUCUUCUACAGCAUUAAGAAAACUUAACAAAAUAAGCCAAUUACCUGUAAAGGCCCCUUUUGCCCUGAUGCACCAAUUUUAAUCAAUGUUGUUUACAAGAUAUCUAUAAAAUGUCUAUAAGCAUACAAUGAAUUACCAUUUUAACAUGAAAUUGAGCUAAAAGCACUGUGAAAAUAAUUUUGGCACAACUUCGUUCAGCUCUACAACUUUGAAUAUUUUGGUAUUUUAGCAAAAUAGAAUGUUUGUCACAUCCUUGUUUAUGUCUAAAAUAUAAAUUUCUUGCUCUUAUUUUUAUAUUGACCGUCAUGAAAGGCAGUAUAGGAAUGGCAUUCCACUCUUACAUUUUUCCUGUUUUUGUUUUAUGUACACAGCUUUUCUGUGGGUGAAACUGAUUUUCCUUCUUUCUUUAGAGUACAGUCUGAGUCAGUCAUUGCUUUCUGUUUCUGACCUGGAGGGCUAUAUGUAAGACAUUUGUGGCAUAAAGGUGCCACAGAACAUGCUGAAAUAGACAGGUUGGGAAAGAGCCAGCUAUCUACAAUGACAACUUUUUUCACUUGCAAAAGAAGGGGCCUGUGAUUUGUCUUUCAGUUUUCAGAAGAGUAAUAAUCAUCAUACUCUGGUAAAACAAAUCUUCAUUAAAUAGUGUAUACAUAGCAUUAGAAAGAUGACCAAACAAAAUAGGGCAGCAAGGUUACUGUAGUAAUGCUUUAUCUUAAGCUUCCAUUUAUAAAUGGUGUGUAAAGGUGUAAUAUAUGAUCGAAAGAUGUUAGACAUGAGCAGUGUGUGUUAAAGAUAGUUAUGAGUGCAACAGAAGGGUGCUAGAUCGGGGUUCUCAACCGUUUUCUUUCUGAGGCCCCCCACCAACAUUCAGUAAAACCUCCACAGCUCACCAGUGCCACAACAACUGCUUUUCUGCAUACAAAAGCCAGGGCCAGCGUUAGGGGAUAGCAAGCAGGGCAGUUGCCUGGGACCCCAUGCCAUGGGGCCCCCACAA